AUGGUUCUGAAAACCGAAUCGGAUCGGCCGGUUCAACCGGAAAAACCGGGAACCGGUCACCUAACCGGUCCGGUGCUAAACGGCGUCGUUUUGAAGGUUAAAAAAAAAAAAAAAGCUAAACGCAACGAAGUGCGAACCCUAAUCCUAAUCUCAGUCUCACACUUUCACAAGACUCCAAGAGAAAGCACAGCAAUCAGCAUAGCCACCACGGGCAGAAGAGAAAGCACCCACGGGCCACGAUCGAGCAGCCCCUCUUCGCCGUCGCAUAGCCACCACCAUCGCCACCGCAUCCCACAUCCCACAGCCCCUCUUCGCCGUCCCACAGCCCCUCUUCGUCAUCGCCUAGCUCCCCUCGUCGUUGGUGGUCGCCAAGCUCGCCUCCUCCAUCGUCGUCGCCGAGCUUGCCUCCUCCUUCAUUGCCGUUACUCGCCGCCGAUCUAUUAUAUGCUUCUGAAUGGCGUGGCUGGAGCUUGGAAAGAAGAGAAUUUAUAUGAAUAUUUCUAGAGCUUUGAAUACAUCUUCAUUUAGGCGUGUGGCAGGGUCAAGCAGUGGACCUAUUUAACUUUUAUGUGCAUAACAUCCUUGACCAGCAGCCAUUCAUAGCCCCGAAAGCAAUGACAUUGUUUUGGAAAUUUUUUUCGUUUAGGUUGGUUUAUGUUUCUAACACUCUUUGGUACGUUUCCACAUGUAAUUCAUGGUUAAACCUAAUGCUUAGUUGCAAAACCUCAUUAUUUGUGCUAAAUUGUGGUACGAGGGACGAGGUGGAAUGUUGAAUGCGUUCCAUGAUUAACAAUCUAUUAUAACGAGUCACCUUCAUUGUACUUCUGAUUUGGAUAAUAUAAUCAAAUCUCAGUUGAACAACAACGUGAGUGUUCUUAGUUGGAACACUUAAUGAUAAUUAUGAUUUUUGAUGA